AUGACGGACACUCAGAUGACGGACGUGAACGACAUACAGGAGACGGAGAUCGAAGUCAUUACAGCCGACGAGACUACACAGGAGUUUGAACUGGGCGAGGCGCCUCCAGACGACGACGACGACGAGGACGCAAUGGAAGACGUAGACGACAAUGGAAAGAUUUCGGCCGAAGACGCUGAUGUGCGCGAUGAUGCCGACAUGGUGUUCACCGCCCACUCGGGGCCGGUCUACUCCAUCAAGGUGAACCCAGUGGACUCAAGGAUUGUCAUCACCGGUGGAGGUGAUGACGUCGGUGUGAUUUGGAAUCGAGAGAAUGGCAACGUGUUGUACACGUUGUCGGGUCACCAGGACUCGGUCGUGAGUGUCGAUUUCAGCUUUGACGGCAAAUACGCGGCCACUGGUGGAUACGACGGCGUUGUCAAGGUCUGGGAAGUAGCUACGGGGAACUUGGUACACACCCUCGAAGGCCCGUCACAAGAGGUCGAAUGGGUCUGCUGGCACAAGAAAGGAAACGUGGUACUGGCCGGAUCGAGUGACAGCACUGUGUGGAUGUGGCUGGCGACGACCGGAGAGUGCAUGCACGUGUUUGCCGGACAUGAAGACGGUGUCACAUGUGGCUCCUUCACAGGAUCUGGAAAACUUAUUGUGACUGGUAGUUCGGAUACGACAGUGCGUGUCUGGAACCCAAAGACAGGCGAAUGUAACCAUGUGUUCCGAGGGCACGGCUUUCACGAAGGCCCGGUGACGUUCGUCACCUGUCAUCCAAGCCAACCCCUUGCAAUAUCUGGCUCUCAAGAUGGCACUGCUCGUCUUAUUCAGUUGCAAACGAAACGCGUCCUUGCAGCAUUGUUGCACGAUGGCGCUGCGUCGAGCGUUGUCGGGACUGUCAACGACGUUUCGAGUGCGACAGAAAACUCAGUUGAGUGUGGAGGGUUCUGUCAUUCGAUGAACUGGGCUGCUACAGGAUGUUUGGGUGGAUACCUGCGCAUUUGGGACCUGGUGACGUACCAGUGUCGCCAUGUUUGCCGUCACCCUGCUGGAGUGAUCAAACUCCUGUGGCAUCCGUCGCGGCCAAUCGUGUACACGUGCACGGUGGAAGGUCUGCUGUACGAAUGGGACGCUCGGACAGGGCAGCUUCUGAAGUCGUUGGCGGGGCACACGGAUAUGAUACUCGACGUGGCUUUGAUCCCUGCCGUCAAAGGCGAUUCUAUUGCCAAGCUCCUUACUGCAAGCGACGACGAGUCCGUGCGACUCUUUCACGUAGACAAUUAG